AUGGUCAGAGACACAUUCACCUCAGCCUUCAUUAAGAACCUGAUCGUGGUUGUGAUCUGGUUCAUUCUCAGCUACAUCAACGGAGCAGUGGUGGCUACGUUCUCCAGACACAGGGUGUUCUAUGAGGACCCUCGUUAUAUCUUGUUCAUCCACAUGGUGAUCAACGAUGGCAUCCAGCUGGCCAUCACCACCACCCUCUUCCUGCUGAGCUACAUCCUGUACACCAUCAACGUCUCCUUCUGCUGUUUCUUCAUCCUCCUCGCCGUCUUCACCACACGCAACACGCCAGUCAACCUGGCCAGCAUGGCCAUUGAGCGCUACGUCGCCAUCUGCAUCCCCCUUCGCCACGCCGAGAUUUGCACUGUGCAUCGCACCUACAUCCUGAUUGGCCUGAUAUGGUUCAUAAGCGUGGCUCCGGACAUCACAGAUCUAUUUGUCACCCUGGCAACCGAGUCACUCAGCUUCUUUCACGCGUCCGUGUUCUGCUUGCGUCACAACGUCUUCAAGGACCCUAUCCUGGCAUAUAAGCGCCAGGUCUUUGACAUCCUGUACUUCUCAUUUGUGUUCCUGACCCUGGUCUACACCUACCUGAGAGUGCUGUUUGCUGCCAGGGCCCUGUCCACAGAGAGGACGUCAGCGGAGCGGGCCAGGAAUACCAUCCUGCUGCACGGGGCCCAGCUCCUCAUGUGCAUGCUCUCAUACAUCUCCCCCAGCGUGGAGAUUGUCCUGCGCUUCCUCUUCCCCCGAAACGUUUCGGAGAUCCGCUUCGCCAACUACAUCAUCGUAUACAUCCUGCCCCGCUUCCUCAGCCCAAUCAUCUAUGGCGUCCGCGACCAGAAGUUCAGGAAAUACCUGCGGAGGUAUUUUGUGAGUGACUGGUGCAGCGCCCAAUCACAGAGAGUGAAGCCUGGUGCAGAAACGGAAAGGAAGGAGGGUCCUGGCAGCAGUAGAGCUGUUCCUGACAUACCAGAUAACAGAAUGUGAACUGUGACAAUAAUAUUGAAUUAUUAAAUGUACUGUAUUAAAGCAUUUCACUAUCCAGAAGUUU